ACAAUAUGCACAAAUAAAAAGUUUAACUUUUAAAAUCAAAUCUUUUAGGUAAUAAGUUGAUAAAUCAUCUUAAAUUUAUUUUUGAAAAUGAGGAUUUUCAUCAUUUGCACUUUUAUUAUUUUUGUUGCUGGAAAAAAUCAUCGAAAAGUAUAUUCAGAAUAUCAAAGAAGCAUUGAUAUGUGCAAUGUGCGAGAAGAUCCUAAAUAUCCGGAGUGUAAAGAGAAGAUUUUAUGGAUGCAAGAUAACUGGCAAUCAAAUCCGUUCUAUAAAAGCAAUGGAGUGGAUGGAUCUUUGUGUUCAAUAAUAAAUUAUUUGAGUAAGGUGGAAUCAGCUUGUCCGUGCACAGUACCAAUUGAUUCUCAAUACCCACUAUGUCAGAGUAAAGUUUCAUGGAUGCAAGCAUACUGGCAAUCAGAUCCGUAUUAUAAAAACAAUGGAGUUGAUGGAUCUGUGUGUUCAAUAAUAAAUUACUUGAGUAAGGUGGAGAAGUUUUGCCCCUGCGCUAUACCGAUUAGUUCUCAAUACCCGUUAUGUCAAAGUAAAGUUUUAUGGAUGCAAGAAAAUUGGCAAUCUAAUCCAUUUUAUGCAAAUAAUGGUGUGGAUGGAUCAUUAUGUUCAUUUCUUACUUACCUCAGCAAGGUUGAAAAAUGGUGUCCGUUAUAAAAUGGAAAAGUAAAAGUGGCGUCACUUUAAUUUGAUUUUUUCAUAAUCGCAUCCUAGAAGACAAAAACUUUUUCUUAUAAACUUUUAAACAUGGUUGAUUCUUUAUUUUGAUGAUGAAUGAGGAGUUUUCAGCUUUUGUUUUUUUGAAAAGAUUUUAUUAAGUUAAA